AUGGAUGCCAUGAGCUGUGUUUUAUGCAAAGCAUCUCGAUCGUCGUUCACAGACGACAUUGAGCGGGCCCUAAGGCCAAGUAGAUUUACGCGCCCACCAUUCAAUUCCUAUAAUGGGAAAACGAACCCGGUGGAGCACGUCAGCCACUAUAUUCAAAUGAUGUCGCUAUAUACACACAAUGACGUACUGAUGUGCAAGGUAUUUCCCUCAAGCCUUGGGCCCACUGCUUUGAGAUGGUUUAAUGGGUUACGAAAGGGUUCCAUCCAUAUUUUUGCCGAGUUGAUCCAAGAAUUCAAUGUUCGGUUCGUAACCUACAGUCGGGUAACACAACCAAUGGACACAUUGUUGUCUAUGAAGAUGAAGGUCGGGGAAACUCUUCGCAAUUACGCCAGUCGGUAUUGGGAGCUUUACAAUGAGAUAGGUGGGGGCAACGAGAAGAUCACGACAAGUAUUUUUAGGAUGGGGCUGCUUGAGAACUCUGAACUAUGGGAGUCAUUGACAAGGAAACCUCCUGAGGAUAUGAGGCAGAUCAUGAGGCGUAUUGGGGAGUAUAAACGCCUCAAAGAUGAUCAACUACAAAGUAAGGGUAAGGCGCCACUAGUGAAUCACCCUCGACAGGUCGAUUUCCAGCCAAGGCCCCGAAAGGAUUUGAGGAUUCAAGAGCCAGAAGCACAGAUGGGGAAGGUGAACAUAACGUUCAAGGAGCCGAUGCACAACAUCAUAGACUGGAUUAAGAACGAACCGUAUUUCAUGUGGCCAAACAAGAUGGGGGUGACCCGACUCAAAGGAACCAGAACUUGA